AAGAAGAAAAAAGGAAGAGGGAAGACUGACUUUUUUUGAUGGAAUUGCUGGAAGAGUGAAAAAGAGGAAGAUUUCGCUGCUGGUGCGCCGGGUAGCGGGUGUGCUUUCUUCUCCCCCUUUCCCCCCCAACUGCUGGUAGGGCUGCUACCGCUAGCUUGGUGUGUAAGCGUGGAGAGGAGGAACGAGAGGCGUCGCUGGGGCGCUCUUAGCAAGGCUUCGCUGUCCGCCUCUCUUGGUGCUGAACAUGGGCGCUUCAAGCAGGGCGCUGUCCGUGGUGCCUACCGUCCUCCUGGCGUUGGCGCUUCCCACUUUCCCCGUCUGGGCGCAGAACGACACGGAGCCCAUCGUCCUGGAAGGGAAAUGCUUGGUCGUGUGCGAUUCCAACCCGGCUACCGAUUCUAAGGGAUCGUCUUCUUCUCCUCUGGGGAUCUCCGUACGGGCUGCUAAUUCCAAGGUUGCUUUCUCGGCAGUCAGGAGUACCAACCACGAACCUUCCGAGAUGAGCAACAAAACCAGGAUAAUCUACUUCGAUCAGAUCCUAGUAAACGUGGGGAACUUCUUUACGCUGGAGUCUGUCUUUGUAGCACCAAGAAAAGGAAUUUACAGUUUUAAUUUUCAUGUAAUUAAAGUCUACCAGAGCCAAACAAUCCAGGUUAACCUGAUGCUCAAUGGAAAACCAGUCAUUUCUGCUUUUGCUGGGGACAAGGAUGUCACUCGUGAAGCUGCUACAAAUGGAGUCCUACUUUAUCUAGACAAGGAAGACAAGGUUUACCUGAAACUGGAGAAAGGUAAUCUGGUUGGUGGAUGGCAGUAUUCUACAUUUUCUGGCUUCCUGGUCUUUCCCCUGUAAGGUCAAUUUCUUCAUGACAUUCACCCAGGUGUGGACCAGUCAUUGCUUCUGUUCUCCGAAGAUCAUCUUCUCAUCCUUUGGAUCGAUGUUUUCUUUCUUGGUUUCUCAUGGGUGAAUAUGGAUUCUAUUUAUGGCAUUUGACCCUUUCUGAACUCCUUUGAGAUUUCACCGAAUUUUGUGUGUUUAAAAUACGGUGCAUUUGGAUUACGACCUAAAGCAGACAGUAAAUAUCUAUGCUUGAUGUUGCCGAAUAAAGCUGCCUGCAAGAUUUAUUCAGAGUUCCUUUACUGGACAUAUGGGAUUUGUGGGAGAAGUGGAUCAUUAUUGUUGUCUCUCCCCCUUCCCCCAAUUAUAUUUUUAAAAGACUGGCAACCAGGUCUAUAAUUUAAGAAUCUUUGAGUUCAGUCUUCAAUCAAGAUUAAUACAUAGCUGCCAAAGAACCGUUCAUUGAUAUAUUAGUUAUAUCAUGUCUUUGUUCCCCUCGCUCUAAAAAUUAACAUAAAUCCAUCAUGUUCAGUUGGGAAGGAAUAGAUAAUGGUUAUUGAUAAGUCAUUGAUUUCAUUACUCCUCUUUGUACAGUGUGUUGGAUGAUUCACUUAGAUGUUUUCCUUCAGAUAAUGUAUCUCAAAGAGGACCACCCGACUGAAAGUCUGUAGGUCACAGAUGGAUGUUAUUUGCACAUGGAUGGAGUUUAUAUUCUGCAGAAAGUAUUUUCUAGUAACAGGAAGAGAUUAUCAUGCUAACAAAAAAAAAUGCUUACCAGGGUUAAAUGGGAUCAUUUUGGCAAAGCUCUGCAAAACAGCCUUGCUCUAUAGGAAAAUUACACUUGUUCUUCACCUUUAAUUAACAUGAUUGAUAAUAACCACUUUAUUAAAAAACCGAAGGGAUUUGUUCCUUAGACACAGCUAAUUCAUUAGUCGGAGAUGGAAAUGCUCCCCUCUUGUUUUUAAUUAUGUCUGUUUCUCAAGCCUUCUGUUGUAUUUUGAGGUAUCAUCUGGUUUUGCCUUAACUCCGCAAAUGUAUAUAUGAUGAUAGAUAUUGUGGGCGUUGUCCAGGCAAAGUUAAGCAUUUUUACAGCUCAGUCCCAGGCACAUGUACCUGGAAGUUAGUCUCACUGAGUACAAUGGGACUUACUCCCAGGUUAGUGUAUAUAGAAUUGCAGCCCUAUUGAUCUCAAUGGGAGAGGUUAAAGUGUACAGCUAAUUCUUCCAAUAACAUCAAUAGGUCUUAAAUGUGCUUAGCUUUGACUGCACUGAGCCUCAUUUGUUUAGCAAAUAUUCAAUCCAAAUAGCCGGUACCUGAACUUGGUGCAAUAUCUUUUCUGUCUUUUUGUAAAGGCCAUAUGAAUUCAUAAAUUUAUUUAUUAUGUUGCUGUUACAUAAUAAAAGUUAAUAUAUGUUAGUGUA